GUUCUUUUACGACUUCGAAGCUUUCCGCUGUGACCUGCGUGGCCAAUUUUUGCUUCAAUUGCAGCUCGGGCGCCCGAAGUCAGGCACAAUGGUGAGGAUUAGUGUUCUCAAUGACGCCUUGAAGAAUAUGUUCAAUGCUGAAAAGCGUGGAAAGCGCCAAGUGCUUAUCAAGCCCUCUUCCAAAGUCAUCAUCAAGUUUUUGUCUGUCAUGCAAAAACAUGGUUACAUUGGAGAGUUCGAGCUAGUUGACGACCAUAGAGCCGGAAAGAUUGUCGUGGAGCUCAAUGGAAGGUUAAACAAAUGUGGAGUCAUCAGCCCUCGCUACAAUAUUGGAGUGUCGGAGCUCGAAGAUUGGACUGCCAGGCUCCUCCCCUCUCGUCAGUUUGGGUUCAUCGUGUUGACAACGUCUGCUGGCAUUAUUGACCACGACGAAGCACGAAGGAAGAAUGUUGGAGGGAAGGUCUUGGGGUUCUUUUACUGAGCAGUAAGGGAUGUGGACCGAAGAGUAUUUUUUGAACGUGUAGAAUGUCUUUUGUAGAUUAGACAUUUGUAAACCAUCUACUUGCCCCUUACCUGGUGAGCAACACAGCUUGGGUGCAGACUCAGAUAAGUUGACGUAUGAGUGAGUGGGCCACUCAUACAACAUUAGUCUUGUCACGAGUGUAGUGAAGGCCAGGUUCUGCUUAACGAUUUUGUCGCUAUGAAUAUUUGGAGGAAUGAAUGAUGGGUACUAUUCUCCCACUCAGUCUCGCCUGAGCAUCUUGACAAGU